GUUGAUUGGCUGCUGUCUGGCGGAAGUGACGACCGGACCGGAAGGUGUGUAUCGGACGCUAUGGCGGCCCGGAAUUGCGGCUGCCCGAUGGAUUUGGGCUGGGUAUCCAGAGUCCGUGUAAAUCAACCUGCUGUUGUGAGACGUGCAGAGCAGCUACAAACAAGGCGGAAUUUGUCCAAGGAAUGGCAAGCUGCAUGGUUGCUGAAAGCUGUUACAUGUAUUGACCUCACCACAUUGUCUGGUGACGACACAACAUCAAACGUUCAAAGACUCUGCUACAAAGCCAAGCACCCCAUCAGAGAAGACCUGCUCAAAAAUCUCAACAUGGACAAUAAAGGUAUUACUACUGCUGCAGUGUGUGUUUACCCAUCUCGGGUGUCUGAUGCAGUACAAACAUUGAAGAGUAUAGAGUGUAAUAUCCCUGUUGCCUCAGUGGCAACAGGCUUUCCUGCUGGACAGACACCUCUGGUGAUACGUUUGCAAGAGAUAAAAAUGGCUGUCGCAGAAGGUGCUAGAGAAAUUGAUAUUGUAAUUAACAGAACCUUGGUGCUGAAAGGCCAGUGGGAAGAGUUGUAUAACGAGAUUCAACAAUGUCAUGACGCUUGUGGGGGAGCCCAUAUGAAGACCAUACUCGGAACAGGAGAAUUGGGAUCAUUAGCAAACAUCUACAAGGCUAGUCUUGUAGCUAUGAUGGCAGGUUCUGACUUCAUUAAAACGUCUACAGGAAAAGAAGGGGUAAAUGCGACAUUCCCAGUUGCCCUAGUGAUGGUGCGGGCCAUCAGAGACUUUUAUUCAAAGACUGGUUACAAGGUCGGGUUUAAACCAGCAGGUGGUAUCCGCAGUGCAAAGGAUGCAUUGACUUGGCUGUCACUAAUCAAAGAAGAGCUGGGCAACAGCUGGCUAAAGCCAGAAUUGUUCCGACUGGGUGCCAGCACUUUACUUACUGACAUUGAAAGACAGAUCUACCAUCACGUGACAGGAAGGUAUGCAGCAGCUCAUGAAUUGCCAAUGGCUUAAAGGACUACAUGCUACUUUCAUGAGGAAAUAGGCCUGAUUUAUGAUCCCUAUAAGAUUUCUCCACCUCUGUGUAUGUUCCUUUCGCUGGAAAUUUUGAAAAUAACUUUUUUCUUCCUAACCACAAGAUCAACUUUAACACUUUCUAACUGACUUUAAUGCACUUCAAUAUACUUAAAAAUAUAAAUGAUUCAAACACAAUGUGAUGAGUUUCUAGAAAUUCAGGAUUAUAUUAAUUUAUACUAAAAGUAUUAAAGUGGAAUUUUCUUUUGACAAAGUCCAAACAGUGACGUGAGAGGCUUAUUUUACUCUGAGUUAAAAUGCUUUGUAUUGUGAAAAGUUAUUUUGAAUAAGGUGCAUAUAUAUAGUUUUAUUUUGUCUGCCCUAUACAGUAAAUUCACUAAUCCCAUGCUGCAAAUGGAGAUCCUUCCACAAUAAGAUAGGCAUGCAGGACUGUGACAUUGAAAUUUUCACUCUGAUCUCAAGCAUUUCCAUCAACAGAGCUGUUACCAGGACUGCCUAAUCAUGGGACCAGGACUGCCUAAACAUGGAUUUGAUGUGUGCAAAGUGAAUAAAUAAGUGUGAUUGGA